ACACACACGCACACGCACACACACACACACACACAUAGGAAUGCCCACAACAAAAGCAACAGCAGUUUGAGGUUGGAAGAUGUUUGCUGCUUCUAAACAUGCUCCGCUAUGUUUUGCUUCCACACUGCAUCGGUUAUUAUGUUUGUGUGGGGCUCGGUGGAGCCCCUGCGUUGACUUGCCACUCAGACUGUGUUCAGGUCUAUUGAUUCUCAGAAAAAAUCCCUGUAACUAUCCUGCAGUCGUAUUGCGUUUGUAGACAGUACGGCUCUUCAGUUCACAGUCGCUCCAAUAAUGGUUGUGUACGUUGAUUGUUCUCAUCCUCAGUUUUAAGCCAAUGUGUAUAAAAGGGGCUCCUAAGUGAAUACACGCAGAUGUCAGUGGGAGAGAACCCAGUCCCCUCCGCUUUCAUAUUUCCCAUCAAUAAUUUCCCUUCCGCAGUGACUAUUUAGUAGCCUCGUGAGACUGCCCUCUUUGUUCACGUUUGCAUUUCCCAAUGAAUAUCACUCUGGCCUCGGAUGGCCAGCAAGUGAUUAUACUUAAUAUUGCAGAAGCCUUACGUUGUUCAAUAAGCUCCAGCAAUUCAGAGGGAUGCUCUUGCACUCUUCACUCUUGCAGAAUCUGGUUGGAAGUAAAGCAAAAACUCUAAUCUGAGAUAAUCCUUCUGUUUAUAACUCUUUUUUCAUUCAAAUUUCGGAUUAAAACUGUUUUGAUUUCCAUGCUUUCCUCUGGCGCCAGCAACCUCCUAGUUCCUCAGACUGAAACGCCGUUCCCUGAGGGCUGAUUGGUCUGAGCAAAUCUCCCCCGAGUGAUAUUUGGUCUUGGCAUUUUAACAUCUUCGGAAAAGGCUUUCAACGGGACUGAGGCCAGACCGCCCUCUAGAGAGAACAUGACAUGACCUUGCGAGAUCGUGACGGCCUCACGGGGCUGACUAUUUGCUACUUCUUUGUCUUUUGGCAGACGAUUUCAUUGAGAGCAACUUCCAGUGAAUUGGGUUAGAUGUCAUGAAAGAGCAGGUAGAAGUUAGGCGAUUCAUAAGGUUGUUUACAGGUUACACUGCGGCAAUGGGGAUCGAACCCAGAGCAUUUAAAAAGAAAAAGAGUGACUCCCCCAGCCCCCCUCACCCCUCUCAUCUCCCUUCAGAGUUUGGCUUGGGGGCGUUGCCCAUCUGCAAAGACCCCCUAGGCUGGAUGUUCUCCCGGCUGGACACCAACUUUGACCUCCAGUUGGACCAGUCGGAGACCAGGAGCCUGUACCUGGACCGCAACGAGCCGUGCUCCGAGGCGCUCUUCAGGUCCUGCGACGUCCGCCGCGACCAGCUCCUCAGCAGCUCUGAGUGGUGCACCUGCUUCCAGAGACACACGGACUCCCCCUGUAAGGUAGAGCUGUCAAAUGUCAACAAGAAGCAAGCUGGGAAAAAACUACUUGGUCAGUACCUGCCUGCCUGUGAUGAGGAGGGGUACUACCGGACCCACCAGUGCCACGGCAGUAGCGGGCAGUGUUGGUGUGUGGAUCGCUAUGGCAACGAGGCCACUGGCUCACGCACACACGGCCCAGCGGACUGCGGCGUCGUCUUGGAGUCUUCCGGGGACCCUGGCAGCGGAGAUUCUCUGUUCUCGGACGAAGACAAGGACUCCUUCGGUCGGAACGCCAAGGCCGGGAUGGACGACGACGAGGACGAUGAAGAUGAGGACGACGACGACGGCACCGACGAAUACCUGUCGUAAAGGGUUCCCCUUCUUCAGAAAAAAAAAAGAGAAGCGAAGAGAGAGAAUGGGUUCUCUUGGUCAAACUGCACGUUUUUAGGUGACUUUUCCCCGGGGGCAGAUACUUAUUCGUAUUAACAGCCUAUGGACUCUUCUCAGUGUUUUGUUUGUUCAUAAGUCCACAAUACCGAUAUCCCUGGUCAACCUUCUAGGCUUUCUCUUUUCCGACUCCUCGUUCGCGCGUCAUUGGCUAACGACACCGCGUUCACCCGCGUGCCGGCCAGUGAACGGCGCCGGUGAAACCAGGACUUGUACAGCAUCGACAGCCAAUACAACUCCUUUGGAUACGGUCACUUGUGCAAAGACCCUUCCCUCCCAUUGGACACCCUGGGUCCUCUUCUUUGUAUGACCUGGGUUAUGCCUGCUGAAGCCCAAGGCUCAGUGUUGAGGAAAUGUACCCUCUCCUCCUCCCCCUUCCUUCUCUCUCCCCUCUCCUCUUCUUCGUCUCCUCCCUCUCUCCAACGCGCUCUUUUUGUAUGGUGUGAUGUGGAUAAUGCAGAUAGCAGAAACAUUGCACACGCUAGGUUGAUAUCAUUAGUGGGCGAGCUCCACCCGUACAGAGACAGUAGGACUUAGGAAUCACACAGCCGCUUCUUUCGGGGAACCGAAACACAAGUAGACACGGAAUGAAUAGAAAAAAACGAUUCUGGUGACACGAAAUGACUCGCCGUUUUUAUGGAAGAACAAAAAUAUGCUUAUUUCAAAGAACCUUGCUACAGAAAAAAGCCCAAAUAAUGGGAGGAGGAAAAUGCUGUGAUGUAGCAAAUCUGUCCACUGCAUUUCAAAUGCGGAGAUCUAAGAGAUUUGAGUGCAGCGUAUUAUAAAAGUAAGGGCUCCGUUUCUAGAAGGACGUCUGGAGAAAUAGAUAACUAAACACAAGAAGAUGAACAGGGGGUUCUUACAUUUUAUUGGGUGUAACUAUAAACCGAAAGUUGCAAAGGCCUUCGGCAACCACCCCUUCACACUGCGGAGAGCUGUGCCUGGAGGCGCAUGCCCACCAGGCCCACCACACACGACGUAGCUGGGGGGGGGGGGGGGGGGUUUAGACUGCUGUUAUUUGUUCUACGUAAAACGACAUACAAGUAGCAUACUUAGCGUUCCAGCGAAAGCUUGAUUAUUAAAUGACUUUUCAUAGUGCUCAUUAUACUCGAGAAACUCUUAUACACGCACACGCACACAACUCUACACAUAUAAACACACACAAACUAUCACACACACACCUAUGCACACUCACACAUACACACACCUAUACACAUGCAUACAAAGACACACACCAAUACAUCAACAAUCACACACACACACAUAUACACACCCACACAGACACACAAACACAUAUAAAGCAAAACACCUACACACACACACAAACACACACACACACACACUAACAAGCAUUUAUGCACUGAAGACCUGUUAAGGGGGGUGAUUGGCAGGGCAGGUGGGGUGAGGUGUGCCUUUUUUGGUGGUGGUGGUGGUGGUGGUGGUGGUGGUGUAAGUGAAGGUGGAGGAAAAGUGUGCAUGCUAUGAAUACACCUGGUUUUAAAUACCUUCACUGUGUCAGCCACCACUCUGUUGGAUAUGCAGACAGCUCAGUCUUUGGGUUUUACUCUGUGUUUUGCUUCUUCCCUUAACGGUAGUGAUGCAUACCUCAUAGCCUUUCCUUUGCUUUGUUUCAUAGACUAGCCUAUCAAUGUACGAGAUCUCUGUGUACAAACACGUGCUUCGAUGCGGAGGAUGUUUUAUAUAUUAGUACGAUAACCAAACGAAAGGGGAUUUUUUGCGUGCAGGCAGCAGCUUUAGGUUUGAAGGAUGUCUUUGAUUCUUCUUUUUUUAAAACGCUUCAAUAAGAAAACGUGUUGAUAAACGUUUCAUCCUGCCAAGUCUAGCCACAUAACUGAUUUCAGGCUAACUGUAGAUUUGCUCGUGCUAUUGAUUGUCCGUGACUGUCCAGUUUAUACAGAUGAUUAAAAAUAAAUGGGAGGGAUAUUCAUGAGGCUCAACGGUCAAUAAUCUAAUAUCUCGUUGAGAUUCCAUGUUUAGGGUCUGAAAGGUGCCAUCUAUGUUGGACAAGAAUUUUUGCUCUUAGCUUGUCGUUUCAUUAAGUCUGUUCCUCUGGCGUUCCAGAGAAACCUCCUUCCUAACGUCUGUGGUCUUCUGGGUGGUGGUGACAUAUGAGCAGUGCUUAGAUGACCCAUGACACGGUAGUCACUCUCAACCAAUCACAUGCUGACAUGACAGAACACUUGUAUGGCAUUGUUUAAAGAGUUAAGACAUUUUUACUGUGUAUGUAUGAUUUGCUGAAAUAAAUAUUAUAUUGAC